AUGACCUCUUCUCCGUCGUAUAUCGACUAUGAGACCUUCCUCGAUCCGUCCUUCUCACCGACCUCGUUCGCCCAAACGCUAGUGGCAACCACUAACAACCCCUCUGAUACUCCCCUUGACCUGUCCACGCCUCUCUCCCGGGUGCUCUUCGAUAUCCAAGAAGUCGAUAGCCAUGUGCACACGCUCACUACCAAGUCUGCUCUGCCGUUGCUGCGAUACACGACCGAUACCACUGCGUCGGGCCAGCGGGUACUGUUGGCCAUUGAGGCACAGGUACUCGCGCUGACGGAAGGGUAUCAGCGGCUUGAGAAAGAUGUGGUGCGUCGAUGGGAAGGGGCAGAGGAAGUGCGCGGGGCAGCAGAACGGUCGUGGGCGACUGUGAAGCUCGCGCGGGCCGUGUCGAGGUGUUUGGUGCUGGGCCGGCAGCUGGAGGGACAGCUGGUGGAGAUCAGUGGUGGAGAGCGAGAGGACCACAGGGCGCUGGUAAGGGCGUCACAGACGCUGUUGAUGCUACGGCGGAUGUUUGCUGGUAGCGAAGACGGAGAAGGAGAAGGGUACGGGGUCGGUCUAGAUCGGGUGAGGGUUGUGAGGACGUUGAAGGCGGAUCUGGUGAAUCCGGCAGAGAACAGUGUCAAGACUCGCGCGCAGCAGAUCAUCAGUCGGUUUUCACUGCCUGUUGACGAGCAAGGGCGGCAGUCGAGCACUGCGUCAACGUCGUCUACAACAUAUGCACAGCAGGAAGAGGCCAGGGCGCGACUGAUCUCGGCCAUGACGGCCCUCUAUCUGCUAUCCCCUACCCCCCACCCCUAUAUCCAUACACAAGCACAAGCACAAGCACAAACACAAACGCCCGUCCCAGUGUCGGCCACGGCUAAUUUCCAACCAGAGCUGCUCCUCGUGACGCUAAAGUCCUUCAUCCACUCCUCCCUCUCCACCUCCCUCCAGGCCCUGAUACGGGGCCUCUCCCAGCUCCCAUCCCUCGAGCGCGCGCUGUUCGAGGUAUCGAGUCGCUGCCAGACCAUCGUGCUGCUAGAACGGAUACUGCAGGGCGCCAGACAGCCAGUGCAUCCCUUCUACCACGCCACCGCCGACGCCACCAGCAGCAACAGCAACAAGGAGAAGGACAGGAACAACCUGCUGUAUCCGCUGCUGCAGUACCUGGACACGUCGUCGCUGCCGAGCUACUUCUGGCGGUGUCUGGCGUCCGCCCUGUCGCCGCGGGUCGGGGAGCUGCUGAACCGUGGCGGGGCGGCCGCGAGGGCCUUGCGGGGGAACCGGGAGAGGGUGCGCGACGAGAUCCGGCAGUGUGUGCUACGUGGGAGCAGCAGCAGGGACGACGGCGGCGGGCUGGUCGUGGGCAACUGGGAGCGCGAGGCCGCCGUCAUGGUCGGGGCCGUCAGUCGAUAA